AUGGAAAUACCUCCAAGAACAACGGAGACUCUUCUGAAAAAACUACUGCAGAAUCCAAGUGAGGAGAACUAUGAACAAAUGGCAGCUUUCAUUUCUGGUGCAGGAUAUGAGGAUUUUAUCUCCUCAUUGAAGAGGAAUAACACACUGAGUAUAAUCUUCCUGAAAAACUACGUUCAAAGAUGGAUUGAUUCAAAUACAUUGCAGAACUUCUACAGUGAAGAAUUUAUAACGUUUCUUAUACAGUGCUGUAUAGAAGGGGUUAUAUCGAAUAGCAACUGGGUGCAUGUCGCUGACUUUCUUGAGGUUUUAAGCAAUAAUUACUUAAUAAGCGAGCAGACAGUGCAGUUGUUGAUAGAUAGAAGAGUGGAGAACCAACGAGUGUUCAUCCUUAUUGACUCAGUAUUCAAGAAAUACACAGUGCAUCCAAGAUCUAACAGGUUGUUCGCAGAGAUUAAUAGAAGCAUUGAAAUGUUUUUUCCAGUAUUUGUUGAGCUUUUCUUUACACCAGCCAUCAUCGAUGAGGUGGACAAGGCCUAUCAGGAAGUCCUUGUUUCUGCACAGAGGGUUAUGCUAGGGGAAAGUAAUGAGCUGAUCCACACCACUCUCAAAGCAAGAUUUGAUACAGACCAAGAAUACAUCCUUAGUAUUUUUUAUUCAUUGACCUAUCAAGACAUUCAUCCCUAUUUUGAAGACAACAUUCAACACUUUUUAAAAAUUUUCUUCAUUUUGUUUAACCAAAAUCAAAUAAUCGUUAAUCAAAUAUUUGAUUUGUUUAUUUCAAAGUACCCUGAAAUUACCAACUUUGAUCUGAUCAUUCUUACACUUUCUAGGAUUGAUACCUUGGACGGACUGAUUGUAAAUACAUUGACUAAUGCUUUUAAUUACUCACGAUCGUUUCCUGCUGUAAUUUUGGGGUUUCUGAGACGGACAUUGCGGAUUUCAAAGAUGGAGGACUGGCUCACAACCACCCAGAAUCUGGUCAGGGGCAACGAUGUUCAAAGGGGGUUUGUGCAUCGUCUCAUUAGACUUCUCAACUGUGAUGUUCAUGCAUUUGAAGGAGAGCCAAAGUUUUUUGUGGCUGCAGUUUUGAGGUUCAAAGACCAGUCGCUUCUUAACGAAGCCUUCUCUGCAAUUAAAACAAUGAAUACAGACACUUCAUUAAUCUUUACUAUUUUCAGAUAUCUACUAACUGUUCAAGAAUAUUCUGAAUGCAAUCUUGAAUAUCUUAACACCGACGUUAGAUUCAUUUGUAUGAAAUACCUAUCCAAUUUUCUUAAGUCCAAAGAUGCGUACCAUAGAGACAUUCUUCUCAGCUCUAGGAUAUUUAAUCAUUCUUCUGGCCUACAAUCAGUCAGCCCAAAUGCAUUGACUUCAUACCUUGGACUUGAUGUCAAUAAGGUACUAUCAAUUUUAACUGCCAGUCUGGAUGAAUUCUCUUCUGAGUUACUGUUUAGGAUUGUCAAGUGUGAUGAAACCCUUCUUACACCCCUCUUAUAUGACAUAAUCACACGUUUAUUCAAGAAUAUACUGAAAAUCCCACUUACAUCCCUUACUUAUAUACUUGACAUUUACAUUCUCCUAAGCAUAAAGCUAAAAAGGUACAACCUUGAAUUGAUAGAAACAAUAUUCAAUGAAGAAAUGAUAGACUUUUAUAAUGUCUGUUUCUUGUACAUUAGUGUGCUAAUGAGAGAGACAGACGUUAAGCAGAACUUUAUACUACAAAUCCUAUCCCAGGAUGAAUUAUGGAAGACCAAAGAACUUCAUUCUGGUCUCAGCUUUAUACUCAUAUCUGCCUAUGAAAUGGGCAUAAUCAACAGAGCUCAGAUUGAAAGCAUUUCUCAGUUUUUGGAUGGGUACACCAAAAUUCUAGUCCUUCAUAAACUUUCAAUACAAAUGACAGGCGAAUACACGGAAGAAGAGAACUAUCUUGUAAAUGGAAUUUUUGAUGGAAACUGGUUCUUGGAAAGCUUUAUGAACAAGAAAUACGCGAGGCUUGUGUUGAAAAAGCUUGUAAGAGACGAGAAUGUUCCAAUUCCAAUCAAGCAAAAAGUGAUUGAGAAGAAUUUGAUCAAUGUCGAAUAUGAAAAUGUUCUUCAUUCAAUUGUGAAGUACUUUGACAUUUGA